AUGAAUGCUUCACCGACCCCUCUGACUUCUCCUUCCACCAGAAAGCACACAGUGGCAACCACCUCUUCUCCUGUGCCAUCUGCCGGGUCUCAUUCAAGUCCGAGUCAACAUUCGUCAAGCACCAGCGCUGUCACUCCGGAGAGAAACCGUUCCAGUGCUCAGAGUGCGGCCGUUGCUUUGCCCUGA